GAUUUGAGGUGUGGAAUUUAGAGCUGACACAGGUUAAAUAUUCUUCCCUCCCUGCAUAGUUACCCACUAAAUAACAUUUUUGGCAGAAUAUAAAUUGCUCAUGAAAUUUCAGUUCUCGUAUGUUUCUAGUUCUGGAUAGAGCUAUACAGGUUCAGCAAAUGUCAUAUUGUCAAACCAGUUUUUCAGAAACCUCAUUUAGUUAACAGAGUAUUUUAGAUUAUCUAAAAUAGAGAGCAAUCCUUAUCCAAGUAUGUCACACAUAGCCAUGAUGCAAUGUCUGAGGUGCACUCAGUUUUGCUCAUUUGCCUCAUUACAUCACCAAUUUUUUCCUUAUGUGCUUUUUUUAGGAAAGAAAAUCCCAAAUUUUCGUGGUUGCUUUGUGGAAGAGACCAGUGAAAUCUUUAUAGAUUACAGGCUGAAAACACUAAGCUGUCCCCCCACCCUGCCUUGUGACACCAAAAUUUAAUCUAAAAGUUUAGUUUGUGAAUGGGUAAACUGUAGAACCUUCAGCACAUGAGCAGACUGUAUUUGUGACAGUCAUUUCAGUGGGGUUGUUCCCAAGAGAACAUGCAUGCAGGAGAAUGUAUGCCAGUGUAUUUGCUACGUCUUUGUCUUAAAUACCUUGUUUCCAUGUACAAUUCUGAGGAAACCUUUUGUAAAACAUCAAAAUAUUUCAAUGCUGUCAUUUCAGAAGGGUGCUCGAUUCAGUGUUUAUUCAUCUUCUUUGUCUGUUAGUAAAUAAUGAAACUUUUUGGAGCAGCAGUCAUUCCACCACUGAAGUCAAUAUAAGUGUAUUAAGUAUUUACUUGUUAAAAAUAUUAAUCAGCUGCAGACUUACAAAUAUUAAUAAGUAUUCUAGUUACAUAAUGCUCAUACCUAGUUAAAAGGUAAGGAGAAUGCAGAAGUUUCAGAAAUGUUUAGCUUGCUUUUCAUGGUUUUCUUCUCUGUAAAAGAAAAUGAGUCCAUCUGUAUGUCUCCCAGCUCUCAGAGACAUCCUGAAUUUUCCUAAGCUGCUUUUGUAGUAGUAACUUUUACAGGGUAGUUUCACUAUAUGUCACAUAAUAAGAAAUCUGGAACUCAAGCAGUCAAUUCUGUCAUGUUCUCCACCCUGUUGCUUAUUUAGUUAAAUAGAUAAAGAUGGAUAAUAAAAUAUUAUUGAUGUAAUUUGCCAUGACUAGUAGGAAAAUUAUUUCUUUUGAUACAACUAAGGAAAACAAGUGGUAUGCUUUUUAGAACUUAGUGUGUUUUAGAAAUAAGUACACAUGGACAUUCAGUUGAACCAAUGAAGAGUUGCAGAAGCUCACAGAAAAGAUGAAUGAAUGCUGUAUCUCCUAGUUGUAUGAGAUUAUACAAGUGAUACACUGAUCUGUUUGGAAAAGCUAAUGCUGUUUUUGAGCUGCAGUUAAAAUAUGGACUCAUAGCUGUUAGCUGUGUCUCCAUCAAACACAGCAACUCUAAAUGCUGAUGUGUGGCAGCUCUGCAGAACUCCAGAUACACAGAAGUAUAAAAUGCCUCAGCAUCCAAGUGUUCCCUUUGUUGCUUACCCACAGGCCUCAGAUGUUUCCAAACAUUGAUAUUAUCUGCUGCUGCCUAGCAGUGCCCUAGGCACAGUGACCAAGAGUGCUCUGCUUGAGCACCUCUGUCUCCUGAGAAUGCCUUUCAAGGAACUUAGAAAAGAUACUCUUAAACAGGAAUUCAGAUCCCAGAGCUGAGAACACAGCUCUUCAACAGAGGGAGAGAGGCAAAGAUGGGCAGGUCAUUUGACUGACAGGCUGCAGAUAUGUUGGUGGAAGAGAUCAGCUUUCCCCAGCACAACCAGGAGAAAGAAAGGAUGUACAAGAGUCUUGGGCCUGUCUGUGCCUACUUUUAAUACAGAGGUGAAUCGAGGUGUGCUAAUGAAUGCAUUACAGAUCUCAAUUACAAGACACCCCUGUUCUUAUAUCACUACCUAAAACAUAAAACUGCCAGGUAUUGCAUGUGUAGUGGGGAGCGGACACUUUUUAACCCUCUUGUAUUCUGAUUUUUGUAGCUCUCAAUUCAAACUCACAAACUAGUGGGAUUAAUCCAGAGAUCUGCAAUAGUUACUCAUCAAAACUCUAUUAUUCCCUUAAGGAUUAAAAUGUGUAAUUUAAUGCUUAUGUAAGUGCACAGUUUAAUGUAUCACUACAAGUAUUUAUGAAAUACAUAAAUAUGCAUUUUUGCACUAGAAGAAGUUACCAGAUACUGGUGAGGGAGCUAAUGGUGAAGAGUGCAGUGAAUGAAGAAAAUGCUACAUAACUGAAACCUUGUGAGAAUGCUGUUGAGCUACAUUUAUUCAUUUAUGUGGAGUGUUGUCAGCAUACCUUUUCCCUUUGCAGGUGUUCUGUAUUAUCAGUAGUCUCAAAAUAUUGUAAUUAUCGUAUGCCUAUUUCAUGUAUAAAGAGUUUCUGUAGAGGAAGGCAGAAAAUACCCAAUAGAUACUGGCUUUUGCACUCAAUUUUUUAAGACUGCCAUCUGAGUACCAGUAGGCUUUAACUAUUACUGUCUUUUGAGACUUACUUUAGUAAAAAUGUGAAUGACUUACACGGCUAACCUUGCUUCCCUCUGAGCAGUUCUGCAGCUCAGCUCUUUGAAGGGCUGAUGUUUGUUUCUUUUGUCCCUCAGCAGGUGGCUACAGUUUCACUGAAAUAGCUGAUCUUGCUGUGGAACAACAUCUGUGGCUUUCUGGGGUCACACUGCUUGGAGUAAUGCAAAUAUUUCCUCCUCAGUCUGACCCUUGUUUUUGUUUAAAGAUACAGUAAUAAUUUAUUGCUUAGCAUAGGACGUUGUGUUGCAAUUUAUACUGAAGGACUGCUGUUAUUCAAAUCUGACCUCCAUCUUUCACAGCUGCUAAGAAGCAGGGGUGUAACCUUGGUGCAUUUUUCAGAGCUCAAUAGAAGAUACUAAAGGCAACUGAAGUGAAGAACAUCAGAAAAGCUCUGCUGGGUCAGAUCAUACUUCAUGCUCAGGGUUCAGUCUCUGACAGUGACACUAAGAGAUGCUGCUAGGGACUAUACACAAACCUAGCUGUUUUAUGAACCUGUUCUCUUGUACUCUUCCUGCAUACUUGUUUGUCAUAUUACAGAUCCUGGGUAUAUAUCUGCUCAGUGGUUUUAGAGCCCAUUUGUGGACCUGCAGAACAAGAACCUGUCUUUUUCAAACUUGCUGAUGCUUUACUAUCCUCACAACCUCAUGUGGCAGCAAGUUCCAGAAGCUUACUACUACCUUUGUAAAGAAGCACUUAAUUCUUUAUAAACUGAUGUUGUGCUAGCUUUGUAAAAGGUCCCUUAGUUGUAUUACUAAAGCAUUUAGCAAGCAGCUUUAUGUUAGUUUAUUUAUCAUCUUCAUGAUUUGAUUGAUCAUAUCUUGUUUCAGUCUUCUUUUCUAACUAAAGAGCUCUCAAGUCUCUUUUUCCAAAGCAGGCACUCCAUCCUUGUGGUAUUUUGUUCUCUGACCAGAGUCUGUUCUUGAGAUGCAGAGACCAAAAGUACUUGAGAUGUGGAUGGACCAAGGUUGUAUAAAUGUGCACUGUCUUCUUCUCAAUGCCUUUCCUCAUGAUACCUAAUAUUUUGCUAGGGUUUCUCUUGCUGUUGUAUAUAAGGAUCUGUCAAUAAUGACUGCUGGAUUUCUUUUCUCCAGUCAUUUGUCAGCAUGGUGUGUAUGUGACUGAGAUUAUUUUCCAUGAGAUGUAUUAGCCAACAUGUAUCUAUACUGAAACUCAUUUAUUUUCUUUUUGUCCACUCUGAGUUGUGCAUAGUGCUUCUGGAGCUCUUUGCCACCAUGGUGGCAUUAGUUCUGUGCUCAAAGACAACUUUCUGUGUUUAUCUCCAUUUUGCCAACAGUAAUGAGGUUGGCAAAAUACCUUAUGAGGUUUUUUGCAUGUAUGUUUGUGAGGAAUAAGAGUGCCAUGGCAUAUCAGACAAGUGUGUUCAUAGAUUUAAAACUCAUUUGAAUGUAGCACAGGCUUUGGUGGUUUUUUGGGGGUUUUUUUUUGCACCUCAGUAAACUCAGACAGGUUAAUGCAGUGUCCAGAAAUCCAGACCACGUAAAACAGAAAGAAAAGUCUAAAAAAUGCCAUUCUUAGUACUUAUUCCAACUGCAAUGAAAAGGGAAGUGAGAAUGGUGGUAUAUGGUAUUUGAUCCAUGCUGAUUGCUGUAAAAAUUAUUUUUAAUUAAAACCAAAGAAGCUUUUAAAAAUAUUGGAGUGCACAGUGAUAUUUACUCAAAUACCUUUAAUGCUUUCCUAGCCUCUCUGUGGAUUCAAUGCACAACAGCCUUAACUCCAAUGCUAUCUAAUUAAUCACCUUUCAUUUGUAAACUGCAUUUCAUAGUAAGAUGAAAAUAAUAACGAAAGCUUUUCUUCUCCUCCCUCCCAGUUGUAUUAGAGGUUAGGCUGGAAGCCCGCCAUAUAGAAAGGAUCUCUUCAUGUUCCUUGUUCAAAGCCAGGCUAGUCAUUGGAUCCUCAAAGCAUGUCACUUAGAAAAGCUGCUGCACUGCCAACAGCAUUGAGAGUGAGGUUUAAGGAAACAUCAGAAAUGUAUUAUUAGUAUGCUCUGUUACUACUUAGCAUUAUGUAGUAAUAAAUGUGUUUUCACAGCAGGGCAAGUAACUCCAGCAGCCUGUCUGUGAUGAUCCUGUUCUCCCUUCUGCCAGUCACAGUAACACCAUCCUUCCUAACCCUUUGCAGAACUACUUCAGCUCAUAAGUCUGGUAGAAGAUCACUCCUCCUCCCUGGCCAAUGACUUAAAAAGCCAAAACAAAACAGAAACCCACUUUCUGCCAGCUUGAAUCUGCUUCACAGAGGACCUUAUGAAGGCUGUGCAAGGGAGGACAUAGAACUAUGAAGGUAAAUGCAAGAGGAGAGCAAGAUGGUUGAACAGCAGCAGUUCAUAAUAUGUGCUUAUCAAACCCCAGUCUGAAGUGCUGUUCUGUUUCUUGAUUUAUUGUUGUUUGAGUACUUGGCAGAAGUACAGGACUAUUUUAGUAGGCAGCCUAUUGCUUUGUUAAUUUAAAUAUUUAGCUUAAAGAAUUACAUUUUACUUCCUUUGAAGAAAGGCCCCAGCUGCUCUACUACCAAUUUAUGAGGUCAUAUGCUGUGUAAAUCUGGUUGUCUGAAAGACUGUUACCAACUGUAGUUGACUGCAGCAAUAGGAUUCUUCUUUCAUUUUGUUUUGGUCUGUAAUAUAGUUCAUCAGAACAGCUUUUUCAAAUUAGCAUGUAUUCAAGUACAUAACAAAUGUAUUUCUAUAACUUGAUUUUUGUCAUGGGUGGUUUAAAGUUAUAUUCCUGAUCUAUUAAAUGGGUGCUGUUUGCUGGAAUCUGUAGCAACCAAAACAAGGCAGUUUGCCAAAGAAAAAGGGUUUAGAGUAUUCCAUUUGCAUGGUAUGCUUGAAACCCACCCAGUGCUACUUCAUGACAAGCACGUCCAUGUGUACAACUAUCUGCUAAGUCAAAACCUCUUUCUGUUGGCUGAUGCAGCUCAAAAUUAGUUUCGUGAGCUCAUGGUAGCCUGCAAGGAUGUCAGGGAUGGACAUGAACACUGUCAGCCUGCACAGCCUUUUCCCCCAGUACUUACAGGCCACAGUGGUGAUAAUUGCUGAAUCUGUGCUGAAUACAUUUGGCAGCAGUGAUAGAGCAGUGCCAAAUGUGCUGCUUAUCUGCCUUCAACAGACUAUCACUGUAAAAAGUGGAACUUGGAUUCCAUUGUUCAGUUGUGACAAUAUCUUCUUGUGUUAAGAUGUGUGCAUUCAUCUAACAUUUUUAUAAGACACUUCAGAAUCAUCAGCUAAAUUUUACUACAGUCUUCCCUAGAAAAAAUACUCAGAUGUAGGUACAAUAGUACAUGUAAAUUAAGCCAAACCAUUGUGGGCAUCCAAAUACUAUUCUACUAAGUUAAUUUCUUUCAUAUGUACACUUUUUCAUAAGGUCUGCUAGGCAGCUAGUAAGAGUGGCAUUAGUAUAGUGAUAGCAUUGUACUAUAAAAUUUAUUAUAUUAAUGUUUACCUAAAGCUUUCAGCAUUUGGAAUAUUUUUCCACGUAGAAAAAUAAUACAUUUAACUUGGAUUUCGGACUUUGUAGUAAAGCCACUGGUUUUUCUUUUUGCCAAGCUGUUGAGUAUGCUAGAUUUUUGUUAAAAGGCCACAGAAAAUAGCACAAAUAUAAUCAUAAACCAAAUUCUGUUAUAUGUAGUUUAAACUGUAUUUGCUUAAAAUAAGCUCGGCAGUAACAAAGCACUGCUGAAAGUUGGCUAAAAGAUUCAAAUAUAUGAGGUUUUCAUCACAAGAGUUAAACUUCAAAUGAAAGUUUCUCACCAAGUUAGUGGCAACUAGGUCAUGUUGAGUCUGAUGUCUCUAAUUUACUUGUUUGGGAUUCACCUCUACCCAAUCAGUUUGUUAAAGAGCACAUUACUUCUUCUGCUCUGAAAUACCUUUACACAAAUAUUUUGCUCUGUUGCAGCUAAGGUGGAAAAAUGUUUUGUAAACCCUGAGGAGACUGGCCUCCUUGCUGGUGAUUUUCAUGUGCAGAUUUCAGUUUACAAAGUCAAACAUUCCCAUUGAUUAAUCAGGGAUUGAACUGGGCCAGAAAAGUCCGGAAUAGAAUUUGAGCAUCCAGUCUACUACUGAUUCUGUAAGUUGGAUCAUACUAAACAUUUCACAUGCAAGAUAUCCUGCUACUGUAUAAAAAGUUCUUUUAUCUUUGUAUUGUAUCUAGUUCAUGAAAUCAGAAGUCAAUGGGAGAAGAAUUCAACACAUUAUGUCCUAAUUACAAGUGAGGAGGAGAUACUGAAUACCAUUUUAUGGGUAUCUUAUUCUGAAUAUUUCUUAGAAAUUUUAGAAAAAUUUCUUAGAAAGAAAUUUUCUUAGAAAUCUUAGAAUUUUUUUUUUGCUAAUGUGUGCAUGAACAUAGAGGCAUCAAACAAAAUACUAGUUAAACUAAGAACUAGUUUGUAGAAGUUCUGUACUGUUUAUUCAUUUGUAAUAGUGAAAUUAAAUAAAUUAAAUACUUCUGUUAUUUCUGCUGAUCCUGGACAUAAAUAGACUCAAUUCUGUUGAGAAGUUCCCAAAAUGUUUACUGUGAAUUGUUUUUUUAUUUGCAGAAAAGAAACAGUAAUUCUUUGUCUUUAAGAUUUGGUAUUGAUAUCAGCUGAAGUCUCCUGCCAACUGAUUUUGGUACUGCAGCUCACAUUCUAAAAUUGCUCUUUAUCAUCUUACACAAUGAGAACUUCAAUCUUAUGAACAAUCAUGACAAAAGUUGGUAGCAGGAGAAUUUAGUAGUAAAAGCAGAAAAGCUCACCUGCAGGUUUUGGGAGAGGAAAGUCAUGCAUAGCAUCAGCUGUCCACUUGCAGACUUUUUUUUUUUCAUUUCAGUUUUCUGAAACAAAAUUCAUUAAUUCUUUUAAGAAUGUGGAACAUAAAAUGACACUGCAAAACAGCUCAAUAAAAAUUCACAGAAAAUAACUAAGUCAAAAGUAAUAGGCUUUCCUGUGAAGGUGCUACACUUGUAGUGGGUAUCAGGCUGUACAUCAAGUCAUAGUAAAACGUGUAAAUGGAUGUGGAUGAUGCAGCAGAAGUGCAUCGUACAACAAGCAAUCUGUCACAGUAGGCUUUGGCUAGGUUUUGUUUGCCCUGCAAGGGCUUAUCAGAACAAAGACAGCCCACCUGGAGAUGGAAAACUUCCCUGAGCCUCUGCCUGCUGCUGCAUUUCCCCAGUGGCUUGUGACUGAGGCUGUUGCUGGCUGGGUGGCUGCAGAUCACUCUGGCUGUCCUGGGAUCACACAUCCACUCAGGGGCACGCACCAAGGCAUAGGCGUUUGAGCCUUGGCCAGAUUUAAAUCAUUUAAAAUGAUAUAUUACUAUAUUAACCCCAGAGUCUGGGGAAGUCAUAUAUCCCAGCUGAGGUCACCUGGAAAUCAUGUCCCUCAUCAUUUGAAAACGGUGAGAAAGGAAAAUUUCUUUAUAACCCAUAAAAGUAAGCAACCUACAAGUAUUAAUCGAUCUUGUUUCUUGUAAACCAUGUCCCUGUUUUCUGAGCAGUCACUCAGCCAAGCUACUGCAUGUUUUCCUUUUGCUGCUAGAGAUGAGUUUGAGGUGAUUGCUCGGUAGAAAGACUUCUGGCAUGAGCAAACAAGUCAGUUACAUCUGAACAAUUCCUAUGCACUUUGUACAGUUGUCAGUGAAAUGAAGACUCAGACCUGUUGUAUUUUUUGUGUAAGACAUUUUGGGCUCAGGUGGUUUUGACUGCAUGUGACCUGGUAUUUUGGAACUAUUUAGAAUUACUGUUAAUGCAAUUCUUUCUAUCAAGAUACCAGUAAGGGUUCUGUGUGUUUUCUCCAACUUUUAUAGAUCUAUCCAAACUUUUUAAAAUUAGGGUGUUUUUCCCAUCUUUCAAACUAUCAAUUUUUACAUUAUUGGGCCAAGGUUCCACUUACACAACAUGCAGUUGUUUGAAAGUAAUUUUUAGUCAUGGUUUUAACAACAUCACUUCAAGCAGCUGUAUUAAAAAUAACUGAUUUUACAUUUUAGAAAGUGUUUUGUAAGUCUCUUAUAGACAAAGCAUGUGUGUCAGGUAGAACAAAGCAAUUAGCAUCUUAUAUGUGGAAAUACCCUCUGAAUAAAAAGUAUGAUGAUUAAUACCAGAAAUCAGUUUUGGUAUCAGUUAUAGUACAAAUGCUUUUAGUAAAGAAACAGUCUAUGACACUGAGUUACCUGUAGAACAUGUUAAGAAGAUUGCACACAGUGCAGCACACACAUGGUGUCAGGUUUGGCUCCUGGAUUCCCUGCUGCUGUGAACACCACAGCAGAUUUGCUCCAGCCAGAGAUAAUCAAAGGAGCAGUCCUGGCUGGAUGUGGUGGAUCUGUUUUAGUCAUAUUAUGCACAUGGCAUGGCCAGAAAUAGUUGGUCCCAGCCACUAGAGAGCAACUGGGAGAGCAGGAUGAGAUCUGCCGGGUCGGGAAGUAUUUUUUGGUGCAGGGACAUACACGGGUACCUGGUGGCACUCGUACUUGCCUUCGUGGGUGAAGUUCAAGGACACUACAGCUUGGUCCCCUGGCUGAGCCUUUGCUGGUGGCACCACAGUUGUGUGAGGACGCUACAGACUCAAGUGGCUGUUAACUGGUUUUGUGACAGCCUACUUCUCUUGCAAAAUCUCACACAAUCUCAAGAGCGUGGCCUAGCAGUUCCAAAGUGACAGUAAAAAUACUGAUCAGAAGUUUCACUUCAACAUUUCUCAGUUCAAAAAUAAUCUAAAUAUGCUGUAUAUGUAUUUAUGCAUGCCUACAUUGUUAAUCUGUUAUGUUGUCUUGUGUACUACCUCAGAAUUCUGUAAUUGCUUCCAUUUUGUACGUGUUGUUCCUAUGUGUCAGGAUUUCAUAACUCACUGGAUGACGUUUUUGCCUGAUUUGUCAGGAAGGGCAUGGUACUAAUAACAGUAUCUCUUCUUUGUUAUCUGAUAGACUAUUCUAAUGGAGGAAAAUAAAGCAAUUCGUUUGACUUUAACAUAUUUUCAUUGUUGAAAAAUAAAAUGUUGAUCUUUUGAAGAUAAUGACCACAUCUUUCAUAUGUAAAACCACAAUGAUUGUUGUAAUUUUAUUUUCUUUUGCUAUACGGUAGUUAGAUAAGAAUGCUAAUGUUAGAUGUAUAAGUACCAGGUUAUCUCGUGGGAUGUUAAAAUUUUUGAGUUGUUUUCUGUUUCAGAAGACAAAGACUUAUAGUAUUUUAGCAGUUCUAACAGGUGGUAGUAUGAAAGAUAACCAAAAGAGCCAUGGAGAUGAUAUGUGGGGUUUAGAAAAUAAUGAAACCCAUAUUGGUUGAAUUGAGGACUCAAAACUGGAAGACUGUUUCUUUCUUUGACUAGUAAAACUUAGGCUAGAAAUUUUUCAAUGAGAUGCAAUGGCAUGCUUAAAGACAAAUAGAUUUCCUGACUCUGUAAGUAAUACAGUUAUAUUGUAAUGAAAAUGCAGGAGGUGUUCCCUGUGAAGCACAGCACUAAUAUUUCAUGUAUAACCAAUAUGGAAGUGAUUAAAUUGCUUUACAAGCAAAGGUUUGUAGCAGGAAACAUUACAAGCUAAUACUGCCUUUAUCUGAAGAUAUAUUGUUUUGUGCUAAUGAAAUAUUGUAAUAACCUUGCACACCUUUAGAGAAGAACAUCAACUAUAGCCCUCUGCAGUUAUUCUUCAAACAGUAUAAUUAUUCUGCUUAAAUAAUUUUUAUGCAAAGAACAGUUAAAAUAAACAGAACCAUAAGAAUGAAAUGACCAUAUUAGAUGUUAACAAAUGCAUAAAAGGUGGGCUAAUAUAUAAGUAUGCAGACAGAAAUAAAUUAUUUUUUCAAAAGUUAAAGUGGUUGAUUGCCAAGUGGGUUUCACAUUUUUCCUUAUUCAAAGCCCGCUGGACUAAAUAAAGUGAUCUCCAGCACCUCAGUUAAAUUCAGUCAGUCUUAAGCUCCUUCCUCUCUUCCCUAAGAAUGGAAAGCCAGGACUUCCCUGAAUUUCAGUGAAUCCAGUUUUCAGGAUUUAGGUAGCUACAGUGUAUUUAACAGCUUUCUUUAAAACACAGUGUUGCAAAGAUUUAUACUUUCAUUUUCCACAAAAACUGUAGCCUUGGGCUUCAUCAGGAUAGUAUCUGUACUGAAUUUGUUUACUGCCAGGAACACCUUGCUUAAUUUUUGCACUGUAUUUGUACUGGAAAUAAUGAGAGAGAGAUAAAAAAAUGAAAACUGUGAGUCUGGGUGAGAAAUUUAAGUUGGCAAUACAGGUAAUGUUAUAAGUUGACAUUCACUUUAAGGUUCUAAAGGAGAUUUGAAAUAAAAUGGUAUGUUCUGUUUUAUAAGGAUGGUUUGAGCAUUGCUAGAAAGCUUCUAUAUUAUUUUUUUGUUUUCUCUGAGUGUGAAGUUUGCAAAACUGUUUUUAUUUUUUUCUUUUCUGACCCAGCUAGAUAUUCAUACAUAGGAAGGCCUUUAAAAUACAUAACUCCUUCAUUGUUUGGGGUGUUCAUAUAACCCAGUUAUUUCUUGUUAUGAGGAAAUUCAGAAUUGAACUAAAAGCUGUUACCGACAGAUUUUUGUGCCUGUUAGCUUAAAAGGAAACUCUCCCCUCUUCUUGCUACAUUAUAUAGUGGUAUGACAAUAGUUCUUUUAAUUAGGUCAUUAAGACAUACACAGAAGAUUUUACUUGGUAGACCUAAAUUACAUAAAUGUCACAGAAAAGUCAAUAGGAUGUUUGUUGAUGAAAUGAGAAUCUUGCUGAACGAAAGACUGUACUGCUGCUAAUAAAACUUUGCAUCGAGGUUGAAUACAUAACACACUUCCAGCUAUACUGCAUUUUUGGAAAUUCAGUUGGAAUUCCAAUGUUUACUCAAUGUGGAAGUGAUGGAUACAUGGCUCUAAUGGAAAUGCCAUUUUUUUUGUGCCAGGUAGUUACCCAGUGACUGAAGAUGAGUGCUUUGGUUCAGGAAUUGGGCAUGCCAGUUAGCACUGUUCUAAAUAGCAUUUAUUUCAAUGGCAUUUUAUUAAAUAUGCCAAUUUAUGUAUAGUAUUUGACUUCAGGUGGUGGUGACACAGUGCUUCUUAGAAAAAGCAUUUCUGCUUCACCAUGUGAGAUGCUGUCUGGGGCCUUGUUCUAGGGGCAUGUAGAAAUUGGCAUAAACUUGUAUGUGAAUUUCAUUUACACUUUAGCAGAGUCAGUUUCACUAAAGGGUACCAAAGAAGAUGCUUGAAGUGUAGUCACAUAACACAUGCUUUGAUUUUUAUCAGAGGUAUCCGUCAAAAGAGUGGGGGUGGUUGCUGUCCUGUUCAAUUGAAAGGACAGAUUUCAUGCCCUUCAGAGGUCUGUAACAGUUCCCAAAACAGAAUUUCCUGAAGGGAAAGGACAAUGCUGUUCUGCUUUUGCUGUUUUCUGUGGCAAGCUAACAGGUGCUGUUUGCUCUUCUGUCCUAGAAGUGCUGUCUUUUUGACUGUGCACAGGGCUGCGUGCCAGUGGAGACUGAUGUAGAUCAGUAGGAAAAUAGCAAACUAUCCUCUGCCUAAAUGUGCUAGCCUGAGCAGCCUUAGCCUCGAAGGCUUGGCUUCCACUGGGGAAGUUAACUGUCUGCUGUAACAGAGCAGAACUCCCACCCCAGGCGUGCUGAGGUGUAGCGUCAGAGACAUGGAAGACAGCAUCCUCUACAUUCUUACACUGAGGCAAGAGCUAUGCAACUGUGAUGAGAAGAUGGGAGUGAGUCCAAGGAGGAAACCUAGAAGUGGUCAGGUUUUUCAAUAUAGAGUCCACACUGCUUUCAUAUGUGAUGAGGAAACAAGCAAACAGUGGAGAACAGCAGUAAAUAUGAUGCAGAUAAACAAGAAAGAAAAAUUAAGGAUGAAAAGAUGGAACUGUUUCUAAAAGAUCAGAUGGUAAACUUGGAAAUAAUACCAUAAAGGCUCAUUAUUUUAAACAACUAUUGAUUACACCCUGGGGAUUUUCACCAAUUCCACUUGAUACUGCUUUUAAAAUGUUCUUUGGCCUGUUAAUGAUUAAAGAUUUGGAUUUCACUUUUUACACUAAAUACUUUAAUGGAGUCUACUCGAGCGCUGAUCUUUGCAUGGAAAUAACAGAAAAUUCCAAGAAAUGGAAGCCGCUGCUAGUAAAAGAAGAAAAGCUGAGUAUCAUCAGGGUUAAUAGCUCCUAUUUGAGAUCCAUGAAUGAUUACAGAGUUACUUUUCUAUAUCGAACUUUCAAGUUUCAUUAAUAAUAUGCUGCCUCUCCAGGACACAGGUGCACUCACGGUACAAAGGCUAUCGGUUCAUCACAUGGAAUAGAAGAGCUAGAGGAACAAUGGCUUCAAAGGUCUCAUGUUUAUACAUUUUGACAGUAGUUUGUUGGGCAAGUGCUCUUUGGUACUUAAGUAUUACUCGUCCUACUUCUUCCUACACGGGCCACAGACAGGUCAGUAGCAUAUCCAUAGCCAGAAAAAACGUUUCCUUUGGCAACAUAAGAACUCGACCUAUAAAUCCGCAUUCCUUUGACUUCCUUAUCAAUGAACCCAACAAAUGUGAGAAGAGCGCCCCAUUCUUGGUCAUUCUUAUCAGUACGACUCACAAAGAGUUUGAUGCAAGGCAAGCCAUUCGAGAAACGUGGGGUGAUGAAAACAACUUCAAAGGAAUUAAAAUCUCCACACUAUUUCUUCUUGGAAAAAACACAGAUCCUGUGUUAAAUCAAAUGGUAGAGCAAGAAAGCCAAAUUUUUCAUGACAUUAUUGUGGAAGAUUUUAUCGACUCUUACCAUAACCUCACUCUGAAAACACUGAUGGGGAUGAGGUGGGUAGCAACAUUCUGUUCAAAAGCGAAGUACGUCAUGAAGACAGACAGUGAUAUUUUUGUAAAUAUGGACAAUCUUAUUUAUAAGCUGCUCAAACCUAACACCAAGCCAAGGAGAAGGUACUUCACAGGUUACGUUAUAAAUGGAGGACCAAUAAGAGAUGUUCGCAGUAAGUGGUACAUGCCCAGAGAUUUGUAUCCCGACAGCAAUUACCCACCUUUCUGUUCAGGCACUGGCUACAUUUUUUCAGCUGAUGUAGCAGAACUGAUUUACAAAACCUCCCUUCAUACCAGACUUCUACAUCUUGAGGAUGUGUAUGUUGGACUCUGCCUUCGGAAGCUGGGCAUUCACCCCUUCCAAAACAGUGGCUUCAAUCACUGGAAAAUGGCCUACAGCUUGUGCAGGUACCGCAGGGUGAUCACAGUGCACCAGAUAACACCAGAAGAAAUGCACAGAAUUUGGAAUGACAUGUCCAGCAAGAAACACCUUAGAUGUUAAGCUUUUUACAGAUGUAAAUACCUUUUUUAAAAUUUAGGUUGAGUUUGGUUAUUUUUUGACAAAGUGAUCUGCUGAUUUACAGGUUAAACUGUGGGAUAUUAACUGUGAGAGGAUUUUUAAUGACUGAUUUUUCAUUCUCACUUUGACUACUGGUUUACAAACUUCAGGCUCUUUUUCAUAAGGACAUUAUGCCAACUGAAAGAAUCUGGAGUCAAAUCUCAGAUUUUGUAUAUUAUCAUCUAUUGCACAUAUCCAUUCUUGCAUCUGUGUGUAAAAGGACAGUAAUAAACUAUUAUAAGCUGCUUAACAAUUCACACCCCAGCCUCUGAGACAAGACUCAGGCAGGCUCUAAGAAAUGAAUAACUACAAACAUACUUUUAUUCUUCUUUUGACACCCUACAACUGUCUCUAUUUAGAGCCUUGUUAAUAAAUUAAGCAGCAUACAUUUGCACUGAAAUUAUAUACCUACUUUGACAAGUGUAUUUUAUAGUACGUGUGCAAUUCCCAAAUAGCUUACUAACGGUGUAAUAGCAGAAUUUAGACAGGUAAGAACAUCAAAGUUUCAUUGGCCUUAGAAACAAACCCACACACUGAAAUAUAUUUUCAUCCACCAAAUGGCAUUUCUUUAAAUUAUUUCAGAAUAACCCAUUUCUUUACACUUCUUAAAAUAGCCCACAAAAUAUGUAACACAAUUUAAAAAUUAAGUAAAUCCAUAGAUGAAAUAAGACAGGGGAAAUGUAUGAAAAACUAUCUUGAAAAUAUAUGAGAAAAGCAUGAAUAUCUUAACUUUUAACUUCAAAGCAAGGCAAUGCCUCUCAUUAGUAUUAAUGGAUUCUCCAUUAAACACCUUGAAUAGCAAUAUAUAAUUAUAAUGAAUGCUAAAAGUGUCAAUAAGCAGCAUAUUUCAACAUCAGUCAGUGCACUAUUUACCUGAAAACAAGUAACACAAAAGCAGCUUUUUAAGGGGAAGCUUUACUUUUUGCUGCAGUACAUAUAGAAAGAAGAUUCUAACAGAUUUUUAAUGGUGUAGAAAAGAGGAAUUUAGUCCAAUAAAAGAAUGCAAUCAAUUUUCUGUUGACUGGACAUACAACAG